AUGUCCUGGAGAAGCAACGCCCAACGAACGGGCAUGAAUGCCCAACCUCUUCAAGGUGCAAGACGUUGGGGCGGAGGAGGAGGCGGUGGUGAAGGAGGCGGUGGUGGAGGCGACCGCGGCUCCGGAUCUCCACCUUCCAACUACCAGCAAUCUCAACCAUAUCCAUCACCCUACCAACAGCAGCCAUCCUACCAUCAGCAACAUCAACAUCAACAGCAGCAGCAUCACUACUCUGGUCCCUCCUCCUCCUCUUCUGCGUCCAACCCACGCGAUGCAGCCCUAGCAGCAGCCGCUGCCGUCGCAGCAAGCAUUGGAAUCAAACGUGACGCUCCCUCCACCUCCUCUUCUGCACCCGCCGACUCGACUUCAUCCUCUGACGCCGAUAGAGGUCCUCGCAAACGCAAAUCUCGCUGGGGCGACGCCAAUCCCACCACCUCCAACAUCCCCACUGCCAUCGGUGCCAACGUCUCAGCCACUGAUCUUGACAAAUACGCCAUCCAAGUCCGUCUCGACGAAAUCUCCCGCAAACUUCGCUCAGGCGACUUCAUCCCACCCGAUCGCGAAAGGUCCCCCUCCCCUCCACCCACCUACGAUAACCAAGGCCGUCGCACAAACACCCGCGAAGUCCGUUACCGCAACAAACUCGAAGAUGAACGUCUCUCCCUCGUCGAACGUCAACUCAAACUUGAUCCUAAUUUCCGUCCUCCUCCCGAUUACCAAGCGAUCAAACGCAACCAAAGACCUUCAGAAAAAGUGUAUUUGCCGAUUAAAGAGUUCCCCGAGAUCAACUUUUUCGGUCUCCUAGUAGGUCCACGUGGUAACACGCUAAAGACCAUGGAGAGACAGAGUGGAGCAAAAAUCAGUAUUCGUGGUAAAGGCUCAGUCAAGGAGGGCAAGGGAAAAGGAGGGGAUGAGGAUGAGGAAGAAAUGCACUGUGUUGUGGCUGCUGAUGACGAGGCUGCUGUGAAAAAGUGCAUUCGCUUGAUCAACCAGGUGAUCGAAACCGCUGCCUCCACGCCGGAGGGGGAGAACGAUCACAAGCGGAAUCAAUUGCGAGAGUUGGCUGCCCUCAAUGGUACCUUGAGGGACGACGAGAAUCAAUUGUGUAAGAAUUGCGGUAAUAAGGGUCAUAGAGCCUUCGAGUGCCCCGAACAGAGGAAUUGGACAGCUCACAUUGUUUGUCAUCGUUGCGGAGGGCAAGGCCAUCUGGCCAGGGAUUGCACGCAGGGUAGAGGUGGACCGGGUGGUGCGUUCGGUGCUCCCAGUGGUCCAGCAGCAGGUGGUGCCCUUGGCGGAACAGGGAAUCGCCAAUUCGAUUCAGAGUAUGCAAAUCUUAUGGCUGAACUGGGAGAACCCGCUACCGCUGCAGCUAACGCCUCUGCUGCAGGUCCCGUUGCGGGCAAUGCUGGUCCAGCUUCCGCAGCAAACGGCUCGGUAGGACCAGAUGGAAAGAAAAUUCCACCGUGGCGCAACCCCGAUGUAUGGACUCAACCUGGCUUCGGUGCUCCUCGACACCAAUCCGACUCCAACCGCGCUGGUGGAGGAUGGGCCGGCAGAGGAGGCUACAAUAACCGAGGUGAUCGCGGUGCUCCCUACAACUCCCAUCACCCUUCUCAGCAGUACGGUCAACAAGGAGGAUAUGCUGGCUACGAUCAACAAGCACCAGCCGCUCCGGUGGGAGGAGAAGGGGCCGAGGGACAAAAAGAUUACUCGGCAGAAUGGGCUGCCUAUUACGCUGCACAAGCUGCUGCUGGAUACGUUGAUCCCAAUGUCGCCGCAGCAGGAACAGCAGAAGCGGGAGCAGAAGGAGCAGUCGACUACACAAAAGAGUGGGAAGAGUAUUAUCGAAUGCAAGCUGCAGCUGCCGCUCAAGAUACCAAUGCUGCUGCUGCUUACGGUGUUCAACCUCCGCAGUAA